CCCAAAGCGGAUGCGAGAGCUGAACAUGGCGGCGCCGGGUCCCGGUCCUGGAGUGAUGGAAAGCCAAAACGUGGAGGAGCUGCUGGCGAAAGCGGAGCAGGAGGAGGCGGAGAAGCUGCGGCGCAUCACGGUCCACAAAGAACUGGAGUUAGAGUUCGAUUUGGGCAAUUUGCUGGCUUUGGACAGGAACCCCGUGGCUGAGAUGCUGCAGCGCGCGGGGCCUAGCCUGGAGAAGCAGCUGCAGGACCUGGCCCGGGACAACACGCAGCUGCUCAUCAACCAGCUGUGGCAGCUGCCCACGGAGCGCGUGGAGGAGGCCCUGGUGGCGCGUCUGCCCGAACCCACCACCCGCCUGCCCCGGGAGAAGCCCGUGCCCAAGCCUAGGCCUCUCACGCGCUGGCAGCAGUUCGCCCGGCUCAAGGGCAUCCAGCCCAAAAAGAAGACCAAUUUGGUGUGGGACGAAGUGGCAGGUCAGUGGCGACGGCGAUGGGGUUACCAGCGUGCCCGCGACGACACCAAGGAGUGGCUCAUCGAGGUGCCCGGCAAUGCAGACCCCCUGGAAGACCAGUUCGCCAAGCGCGUCCAGGCCAAGAAGGAGAGGGUGGCCAAGAACGAGCUGAAUCGGCUGAGGAAUCUGGCCCGAGCGCACAAGACUCAGUUGCCCAGCACGGCAGGCUUGCACCCAACCGGGCAUCAGAGCAAGGAGGAGUUGGGUCGUGCCAUGCAAGUGGCCAAGGUCUCCACCGCCUCCGUAGGGCGCUUCCAGGAACGCCUGCCCAAGGAGAAGACCCCCCGAGGUGCUGGCAAGAAGAGGAAGUUUCAACCCGUCUUUGGGGACUUUGCAGCCGAGCGAAAGGGUCAGUUGGAGCUGCUGCGAGUCAUGAACAGCAAGAAGCCUCAGCUGGACGUGAUCAGGGCCACCAACAAGCAGAUGAGGGAGGAGGAUCAGGAGGAGGCGGCUAAGAAGAGGAAAAUGAGUCAGAAGGGCAAGAGGAAGGGGGGUAGGCCAGGGCCUGGGGGCAAGAGGAAAGGGGGUCCGCCCGGUCAGGGAGGAAAGAGAAAAGGAGGCUUGGGAGGCAAGAUGAUGAAUAAUUCCAGGUCCCCCGGCUUGAGUGGUAGGAGGAAAGGGGGGCAAAACCCAGGUGGAAAGAGGAGGAAGUAAGUUUUCCUCCGGAGUUGCCCACCCGGGAAUUUCUGCACUGUUAAUGUUAACUUCUAGUUUGGGGGGACUGAUACUGGAAGUAGCUACCCUUGAGAUUGAAGGGAUAACAGAAUUGCUCUCUGGAGCCUCGGUAGCAUA